GGCAGGAUCAGGAAGAUGCACAACAUCAACAGUUUCUUCAUCCUCUUCCCAAGGGAUAUCUCCAGUCGGGUUCCUCAUAAAGCUAAUCAUACUUGCAACAGUUUCUUUUCUGUCAUAUAAUUUAUGAAAUUCUCCAUUCAUGUAAUGACGCAAAACAUAAGGUUCAGGUGAAACUUUCAGCUUUUUACACAACUUUUUUCCUUCACUAAAAUAUAAAAUAUAUUCAGAUCAUACAAAUAUACUAGCAGAAAGUCCAUUGUGAUCCUAUUCCAUCUUCUGAAGUCUCUAUUUAUUUUCUAGGUAUUAAAUAUUAAGGGGAAAUUAUGCAUGUUAAUUAAUUGUCUUUAAUACUUUAUUCCAACACCAAAUUAACAUAUAUAUAUAUAUAUAUAUAUAUAUGCAGUAAUAUUUAUAAGAGUAGUUAAAAAUAAUCGUAAUAUUUUUACAAAUGCAUUGGACCAGAAAAAAUGUUAAUAUAUUUAUUACUUUCUAAAUACUUUAAUUUUGGUAUUAAAGUAAGUACUCCAAUUUUGCCGUUUUAAUUACAAAAAAUGUAACGUGAAUGCAUGAAGUAUUUUUAUAUCUUUGUAAUUUAAAUGAAGUAAGUAAAAUCUAAUAUUAAAUAUAAUAAAUGAUCUUUGGAUAAUAAAGCAGUUACAAACAGAAGAUCAACACUUUUCUCUAUGUAUCAAUCAAAAAAUUGGAAAUUUUUUUGGAAAUUCACAUGCUUCUUUAACAUUUGUAUAUUAAAUAAGAGACACUAGCACAUUAAUGAAAUAAAUAGUAGGUUAAUAAGUCCUGUAUCAAUUGCUUCUAGCUAAGUUGGUACAAGAACUGUGGUGGGGGGUACAUGGAACAGGUAGACAAGAGUGUGGAGGGAAACUUAUUUAUCUUAUAUUUUUGUUUUAAUUUUAAUUUUAGCCUUGAUGAGGACACAAGCCUAGAUCGAAAGAUUAUUAACCAUAAUAAACAUUUUUAUUGUAAAUAAAUUCAUAAUAUAUAUUUUAGAGAUGGGUAGAUAGUUGACUGUUGAAAUUAUAAGGAUGAAAAAUGGUCAGGAUGUGUAGUCCAAAAGUUUUUCUCCCAUAAUAUAUAUUUAUCACAUGUAUUUAUUUAUCCCACUUAUCAUUAGUUGCGUGAAUAAUCAUGACAGAUGUAGUAUAAAAAUACAUUACAUUUAUACAAACAUGUAAUAUGUGAGAUGGAGUUAAGCAGUUAAAAGCUAAGGCUAAGUAAAAUGGUGAUAGUUACUUAAACAAUUAAUAAGCAAAGAGGAAAAUAUAACUUUUAAUAUAAAGUGUAGUAAAUAAAUUAUAAGAGAUAAGUGUGUAUAUACAUACAUGCAGGUAGUGGAUAUGAGCAAUAAUUCUUAUUAAUGAAAAUAGAAUAUAUAAAUAAAGUACAAUGAUUUAUUUUAAUCUUUUUCAACAAACUAAUGAAUGGAGCAAACAAAGAUAUUCAAGCUAAAAUAAAAAUAAAAAAAACCUUCAUUACAACAAUUCAGAAAAAAUUAAUUUCAAUUCUCUGAGCUUUUUCCAAGAUUGACUAACACUUUAGAAGAAAUUUUUGGACAAUACAGUACUGUGAACAACAUAAAAUCCAAAUAAAGUGGGAAAAAACUGGUGCAUAAUUAUAACUUAAGAAUAAUACUAACUUUUUGGGGAUCCUUAUGGGUGAAUACUGUAUUAGGAAUCUUAACAUUACAGGAACAAAUCCUGACACUUACCUCCAGUAUGGACUGUUUACCAUGGGAAGUUAGGUCAUUACCCGCAUAAUAAGGGAAUGCCUACAAGUAAAAUGCUAAUUAGGCUUUGGCAAAAUUUGAAGAGAAAACAAUGCCACAGUAAUGGCGAAUAAAACAAUUUCUAAUACCUAAUUUAUUUACUUAUACAAUUAAUUUGCUUUAUAAUAAUGCUGAACCAAAAAUAUUUGUAUUUUUGUAACAACACAGCAUUAUAUUUCAUACAACUAUAACCAAUAUUUUUAUCUAAACUUCUACACCAUCUAAAAAUAAAUAGAAACAUAUUUUUUUUUUAAAAGACCAAUGUUAGUUAGUUAUUUCAUAUGGAAAUAAAAAUCAUUCAAGUCUUUCUGUUUGAUGAGAAAAUUAUGCAAGGCUACAGAAAUUAAACAUCAAAAACAAAAUGAUCACACUUGUAUGUAUAUGUUAUCCAUCUACUUAGUUCUGCCAUAAAUACUAAUACAAAAGUUGAAUUUUGUUUACAUACUUGGGUAUUAUAUAGAUAAUCCUUACCUCUAUCGGGUUAGUUUCUUUACAUGUCAGGAUAAUAAUCCCAAUUAGUUUUUAUUUUUCUUUUGCUCAGUUAACAUGAAGUGGGAUGACAAAGAAAACCGAAUAGCUGUGAUCACCUUACACAAAGUUGGAAAAUGUAGGUCAGAGAUUUUCAACACUUUAAAACCUUUCAAGCCGCAUGUCCGUGUACCACACUAUAACUAGAUUUAAUGAGACCCUAUCUAUAUAUGACAGACCUCGACCAGGCAGUCCCCGUGCUUUGAGAAUGGCAAAUGCAGUGAGAGCAAUGGCUGCUUGAUUCAGGAGAAAUCCCAUUCGAAAACAACAAAUCAUGUCUCGGGAAAUGGGAAUCUCUGUCAGAUCAAUGUCUCGCAUAAUAAAAAGUGACCUUAGGAUGGGUACCUUUCAAAGAAUGACAGGACAAAGGCUAACCACUUCCCUAAAAACAAUUAGAGUGGAUAGAUACAAAGUGCUCCUUGGCUGUUACACCAAUGGUCUUCAUCGAAAGAUUUUGUUUAAUGAUGAGAAAAUGUUUACAAUUGAAAACAAAUUUAAUCGCCAAAAUGAUCGUUGUGUACGCACACAGCUCCAAAGAAGGCCAGGAAGUCAUUGGAAGAGAGGAAAGAGGUAGUGACCCUUCCUCAGUGAUGGUAUGGUGCAUGUAUACAAUGGUAUGGUAGGGAGUUUGCUUUGAUUGCACCACAAAGCUCCAUUUUUGUGAAAAAGGAAUUAAAACAUUCGCUAAAAAAUUUCAGGACGAUAUUUUGGAACCUGUUGUCAAGCCUCUAAAUGAUACUCUGUUUGCUGGAAGUCAUUCAAUUUUCAAACAGGAUUCCGCUAAAGCUCGUAAGGCCAGUUCAACUCAGCAAUGGCUGCAAAAGAACAUUCCAGAAUUCAUCUCUGCCUCAGAUUGGUCAUCAAAAAGCCCUGAUCUCAACCCACUAACUUGGAAAGCCUCAAACAAUCUCUGGUCCAAACAGUUAAGUGCUUUCCUUAAGAAGUGCUGCGAGCUGCUAUUGAUGACUGGCCAUGGAGAUUAAAUGCCUGUGUCAAGGACAUUUUUAAUAAUUUUUUGUUUUGUUUUACUCUCUAUAGAUAUACAUUUUAUUUUCUGAUAAAGUUAGGGAAAAAAUUAAUUUUUCUGUUGAAAUCUGUAUAUAUUUCCUUGUAACAAUAUUUAUGUCAGGACUAGGUAGACAAAAAGAACAAAUUAUGAACAGCUAUUUAACAAAUCUAAGCAAAUAUAUUUUUUUAUUUUUACUGUACACUAACAUAGUUUCAGAAAGGAAGAACAAUGAAACUUCAAUUUCAGUUUACAAUUAAAAUUAUAAAUUUUAAUGAAAAAAAAAAACAUGUUUUCCACAGGAUACAUGACCUACACUAUAAGUCAGUCAUGGAAAACUGGUCUCUCGAUAAAGUUAACUCAAGAAUAAAACUAAUGCAGGACUAAAAAAAAAAAAACAUUUUUUAAGUUUUUGAGUAAUGUCUUGUAGCUUGGGUUGGGUAAGAACUAUUCCUUGACUUGCACAAUGGCAGAACGACCUUACAAAAAUAUAAAAACAUUGUUUCCUAUAGGUCUUUCCAUAACAGCAGACCAAACCUGGCACCGAUCCUUACCCUUGCAUAAAGCAAGGAAUUGCUUCAUUAAUUCUUUUGGCUUUGACCUUCACGCAUUCAGGCACCAGAACGGCCUGAUUUAUAGAAAUCUUUUAAAUUAUCUCUUUUCCACAACAAGCAAUCAUAACUUAAAUUAUUACCUAUUUAUAUUAAUAUUUUAUAGCAAUUUUUAAUGUUAUAAUUAUAAAAUGUAUAAAGCUAUUACAUGAGAGAGGAAGUUCACCAAUAGAAUUUAAAUAAGUAGAUUGUUCAAGUGGAAUGUAAAUGAGACUUUAUAUUUGUAUUUUUAAUUUAUAAAGAUCUUAAUGCUGAUAAUGAACAGCAAUGGUAACUGCAAGCCUUCCUUAUGGGUAUAAAAAGACAAGCAUGAGUAAAAAUUAGUAAUGUUAUUUUUAGAUGCAUAAUUAAAUUAUUUUAGACUAUAGUAGCAGUAAGAUAGUUUGGUAAAAAAUAAAUCAUUUAUACGAUAAUUGUAAAAACUAAAAGAAAAAACAAAACCUAAUAUCAUUUUACAUUUUAAUAUCAUAUUCUUUAGCAAGAAUAACUUUAAUAAAGAAACUUCUCUUUUUUUAUAAAUCACUUAACAUUUAAUAUAUAAACCACUUUAUUUUAAAAGAAUUCAAUGCAAAAAAUAUAUUGAUGUUCAACAUCACAGAAGUUGCUAGUUCUAACAUAAAAUAACUGAUUUUAUUAUAUCUGUCAUUUUAGAGCUUUUAUUUGUCUUUUUUUACAGCUAUUACAAAACAAAACAUUACUGUCUCCUUGACAAGCUUCAUUGGCAAAUUUUUAUUGACAUUACGACAAUCAAUCAACCUCGCAAUGAUUUGAGUUUAAUUUUACAUAUUAAAUAAAAUAAUUUUACUAGAAGACUUUCCGACAAACAAUGAUUAAAAUUCUGAAUAAUAAAAAUAGUAAGGAAACAGUUUUAGGGGAAAAUGAAACUGGAAAGAGUAUUAAUAGUUAGUGGGGAAGAGGAAGAAAAUUUAUUGAGAAUGAAAUCAGUUUUUGAACAUGGUAUAAAGAUGCACCUGUUAAAACCCAUAUUUAUAGACACUCUCCCCUGCUACCCGCAUCAGCUCAGAAAUUAGAGGAUUAAUGAAAAAAAGAGCUGCUGCCAGACGAUGCAAGACAUUACAGAUGUCCACAACCUUCUACUUUUUCAUCUGAGGUUCCUCCUUAUCCCAUCUCUGGAACUCCUUUCAAUACUAAGAAUUUUUACUUCCUCAAUGUAUCUCCUGGUGACCUAUUCUCCGCGGUUCCCAAGUCUAGAACUAACAACUAUGGCUCAGAUUUAUUUCCAGUAAAAAAGAUUAAACUGUUUUACCGUCAUUCUCAGCAUUGUACUUUUGCACAUAUUUAUCUUUUACUUUCAAGAUUAUGUUUUCUCAAGGCCUGGAAAAGAACUAUUGGUCACCCAUUGAACAAAGUUCAACUUCCUUCAGCUUCUGACUUCAGACCUAUUUUUAUUUUAUCAACCAAUCAACAUAACUGGUUUAUCCCCAAAACAGUACAUUUUAGAGCUUAAAAACGUAAGGCUUUCUGACAGAAUUUUAUCGGGUCUUAAUGUUGUCGUUGAAAUCUUUAGAAUUCAAAACAUAAUUAGUCCCAUCUCAAUCAAAUGACAUCGAAGUUUUACAACCUCCUACUUUAUUAAAUGACUUUACUUUAAGUUUUAGCAUGAAUUUAAGAUUUAUAAUUGGAAUAAUUUUCUUCUCCAUGAAAUUCCCUUCCUUUUGACACUUCAUUUGUCAGAAUCUACCAAUCGAAAAGAGUCAAUACUACUGUGUUACAUACAUAAUAAAUUAUUAGUAACUAUAACACUUAAUAUUUGCAUGCAUAUUAUUUAAACUAGAAAUUACAAAAUUCAAGUUCAGAUUAAAAAAGCAUGACAUGGUGCAUUCGACUGACUGAAGUGAACAGUAUUAGCAAUUUUUAUGCACAACUAUAUCAAUAAAGCAUUGUAAGUGCACUUAAAGAUAAUAACUAUAUCCAGUUUAAAUAAUUUCAAAGGUAGCAAUAGCUAUGCAGCUCUACAAGCAUGAUUAUAAUUCUAAUGCUUGAAAUUGCAACAAAAUAUAUAAUCAUAAGUGUUGUAGAAGUCAAUUUACCAAAAUUCACAAUUACUAAUAAACAAAACUCAAAAUUUUUGAUAAUUACCCUGAACAUUCAACAACAAGCAUUGUACCUUGUCCCUUUAUUGAAUCAGCAGUUUCUCUGAUAAUUUUGAGUAUAUUGGUUGCUUCCUUUUCAGAGCUAAUAAAGGAAACGAGAACAUUAUUUUUGGUUCUCAAUAUUUUCUUUAAAUCUUUGGCAUCUGACACUUCUUCAACAGGUGAUUUUAAACCAAUAACGCCACUUGAUUUUGAAAAAAAUACACUAAAAAACUAAACCAAACAUUAAAAUUUUAAACAUAUUUAACUUAAUUACAAUACAUAAACUAUUAAAAAUCUUUAUACAAUAAAUUAUUAACUAUUAAAAACAUAUAAACUAUAAAAAAUAAUAAUAGAGGGCCUUAAAAAAAUUACAAUUGUAAAAAGUAGACAGCGAAUUUCCAUUUUAUAGUUUUCAAGUAUUUCUGCUGUUUAAUAUGACAUUGGUUGAUGUAUAAACAAACAGCUAAUGAUUAAAAUUAAAAUUUAAACGUCAUCUAGUAAUUGGCAUACUCUAUAAUCACACAGGUUAUUUAUGGGUAAUAACUCCCAAGCAUCCAACUUGGCUGAUCCAACUAACAACUGUAACCUUUCUUAGGUUAUAAGCAGGGUAUGAAACAAUUACAAGCACAUUCAUCCCCCCCCCCUUUCUUAUUCACCAAUAUUUAAUUAUGGCCUUUCAUAAAAAGAAAGUGGUAAUCGCUGAUAACAAAUAACCAAUCAAGGGUAGGUUUCUAGUAAAUAUUGCCUGACACACUGUUCAUACUGUAAAUGGCUUCAGGGUCACAUUUGAGAGUUUAUAGCUCUAUUAUUCAGUAAAGAGCUAUCCGAAGUAAUUAUAGAUUUUAAGUUAUUAAAAACCAUUUAGCAAACAAGUAAAAUGUUGUAUAAGGAGUAGUUUACAAAUUUUUUACAUAAAAUUUAUCAAAACUUCUCAUUAACCAAGAAAUGAUAAGAAAACACAGUUUUUAGAAAACAAAAUUUAAUCUUUUAGCAGAUUCAAAAAAGUUGACGUUAAAUUAGGAUGAUAUUUCCAAAUCUUUUGGUAGAAUACAGGUUUUAUUUAUCAGAGUUAACAACUUUUACACUAACUUUUUUUGGGUGGGGGAUAACAGUUCGCAGUGCAAGCCUGCAAUGAUAGCGUAGUACACCUGCUGGUCUGCUACCAGUCAGCAGAUAAUGGCUUAUCUUAAUGUGCAUUAUGAUCUUUUCCGAAUUUAUGAUCAAAAUAUUAACGAUGUCAAUAAAGAAGGAGUUUGAAAUGAAUCGGUAUCGAUUCUAGUUCUGUAUGAAUUUCGUUCAAAAUGACAGACGAAGAAGCUGAGCAUCGCCGUACCCUAGAUGUAUUGCAGUCGAUGAUUGACACUUCUGCUGAUAGACUAGAAGGUUUGAGAACUAAAUGUGCUACAACUAACGAACUGACCCAGCAGGAAAUAAGAACAAUAGAGGGGAAAAUAAUUAAAUUGUUUUCAAGUCAGUUGACUACUAAAGCUAAGCUACGUGAAAUAUCAGUAUCUAAUGACUUAAAGCAUCUUCCCUCAAUUCAUCAAUGGCUUCAAGUUGUUGGGCUUUGUUCUGAAUCCAUACAGGCCAUCUGUUGCAAGAUUAAAUCUAUUGAAGCUCUACAAGAUAAAUCUGAACAUGAGCUUAAAAUGUUACUUGGCUGUGAUCAUUCAUCAGUUAGGCAAGAAGAAUUUCGACGAUUAAAUCGAGCACUUCAUAAUCUUAAAAGAUAUACUGAAAUUCUUGCAAAAGGGGGAGAAUGUGAUAGUGGAAGCGAUCCUCCAUUAUAUUGGGAUUCAUGGGAUAGAGCUGCUGUGUCUCCUCGGCAACAGAGAUCUAGAGGUGCCAGAUGUUCUGUUCCCUCUGAAGACCAUCCACCCCUAUCUCCUCCAGCAACACCACCAUCAACACCUCCUGUUUUGAAAAUUAAAGGGUUAAAUGACAGGAGUAAAGUUCCCUCAACUCCUCCUCCUAAGAAGAAACAUCAAACAGGAGUCCUAAUUCCAGAUUCUCAUCCUCUCACAAAGUCAAAAUCUCAUGAGAGCCAAUUAGCUAAUAAAGUUGAUGGAGAGAAUAAUAACACUGAAGGGAAUACUGAAAGAAGAGGUAGGCUUGCAACCGAACCAGGACCGGGGAGGACUUCACCUUUAACAUCAAGUCCCUUAAAGUCACCACCUGGAGAUAGCCAUGAUUCUUCAUACAAAUGCAAUUCACUUCAAGUACCAAAAUCGCCAAGAACUCCUACCAUCACACGUGGGAUGGGUCAUGUCAUUUCUCAUCGCUUUGCUAAGACUUUUAAGAUGGUAACAACUUGUGAUUAUUGUGAUAAACAAAUGUUCCUUGGAACUGGUCUAAAAUGUAAAGAAUGCAAGUAUAAAUGCCAUAGAGAUUGUGAAAGCAAAGUUCCUCCAUCUUGUGGACUACCACGAGAAUUAGUUGAUGAAUUUAAAAGAACACUUCAAACAGAAGUAUUCCUGCCCAAUCAGUCCCCCAGACCAUCACCAAGCCACCAUGCACCUGGCCAUCAUUCACGGAGGGAUCGUAAUAAAGCUCCAAUCAAUGUUCCACCUUUUCCGGGCGGUCCUGAUUCAAGUUCGAACACGUCUAGCUGUAAUAGCUCAACACCCUCGAGCCCUGCCCUAGUUAUGGGUGGCCAUACUCCAGCAGCUGUUCCUAGGCACCAGCAGUUCCAUUUUCCCGACGUUGUCACAUUGGAUACUCAUCCGCUUGACAGAUCACAGGAUUCUGAUAAAACAGUUUCUGGAAGUGUGAGCACUGAUUCUGAUAGGACACCUGUUAGGGUUGAUUCUCAAGAUAGUCAAGUGUCUGAUGGCGAAGCAGCUGAUAGACUAUGGCCUCGUCAAAAUAGUAUAUCAAUGAGAGAGUGGGACAUCCCUUUUGAUGAACUCCAAAUGGGUGAGGCCAUUGGAACUGGUCACUUUGGUACUGUAUAUCGUGGAAAUUGGCAUGGAGAUGUAGCUAUUAAAGUUUUAAAUAUGAAUUGUCUGGAUGAUGAGAAAACCUUGGAGGGCUUCAAACUUGAUGUUGCCACCUUCAGGAAGACACGCCAUGAGAAUCUUGUGUUGUUUAUGGGUGCUUGCAUGAAACCACCACAUUUAGCAAUUGUAACUUCUAUGUGUAAAGGAUUGACUUUAUACCACCAUAUUCAUGUUUACAAAGAUAAGUUUGCUAUGAACAAAACGAUUUCACUGGCUCAGCAAAUUUCCCAAGGCAUGGGUUAUUUACAUGCCAGAGGAAUUGUGCAUAAAGACUUAAAAACAAAGAACAUCUUUUUACAAAAUGGGAAAGUUGUGAUCACUGACUUCGGGCUCUUUAGUGUUACCAAACUUUGUUUUGGAAACAGAAAAGGUGAUGGUCUCAGCAUACCCCCUGGUUGGUUGUGUUACCUUGCACCUGAAAUAAUUAGAUCACUUAAAGCACACCAGAAACCUGAAGAUGAUGACUUACCCUUUUCAAAGAAUACAGACAUUUAUGCAUUUGGGACGGUAUGGUAUGAACUUCUUUGUGGAGAAUGGCCAUUCAAAGGCCAGCCUCCAGAAGCUAUUAUAUGGCAAGUCGGAAAAGGAAUGAAGCAAACAUUAGCCAAUUUACAAGCUUCUAGGGAUGUAAAGGUAAGCGCAAAUGACAUCCCUUUGCUUGAGGCAUCUCCAUUCCAUGAAGAUGUGCGUGACUUAAGACGAGAUAAACAAGGUCAAAAUCAAAAGGAUGUCCAUCCCUAUAGAAAACUUAAGGAUAUCCUCAUGAUGUGUUGGGCUUAUAAGGCGACCGAUCGGCCUGAUUUUGUUUGCCUUCAUCGCACUUUAGAGAAAUUACCUAAGAAACGAUUAGCACGAAGUCCAUCUCAUCCUAUCCAUCUUUCUCGCUCAGCUGAGUCAGUUUUCUAAGGCUUAAUUGAUUUAAAUUCGAUUCUGAGUCUCUUGUUUGAUCUGUCUUUCAAAUAUAACUAGCCUUAAAAUUGAUUACGAGUAAACCAUUUUUUUGUGUUUUGUUGUAAACAUGAAAUAAACAUUUUAUAUUGUAGUAGUAUAAGCUACAGUAGAUUUAACAUUCAAUUUAAAUAAAUUUUAUUUUAAUGAGAUUAAUACAUUUAAAUAUUUUUUAUUUAUUUUUAAUAUUUAGCCAUGAACGAAGUUCAUUAUUGUGAUUAUAUAUUUCUUUCAAUAAAUAUUUUAAAAAUAUAACAUUAAGCAUUUGUAAAAACAUUAGGCUCAGAGUAAUUUAUGUAUUUAAAAGUGUAUAUAUAAUCAUCUUUUUGUUUUCUAUAUUUUUUUCUCUAUAAUUAUUUAGAAAAACUAUUUUAAUAGUAUUUACGUCAUGUUUGUGCGCUCGUGUGUGUGUGUAAAUGUAUGUGUAUAUUUGUAUACAUAUGAAUAUUCAGGUAUGUAUACAUAUAUGUAUAUGUUUAUCUUAAUUUAAAAAAAAAAAAACACGUUUAUGCGAUGUUUAUGUAUUAACUUACUUAACCACAUGCAAUAUAGUUACCUUGUAUAGGCUUCAAUGCAUUUGAACUUAUAAGUAUAAGAAUGAAUGAGUAAUUUUUAAAACCCUCACAAAUUUUCAAGAAUAUUUAUUAAAAUAGCUGAUGCUGUUAAGUAUGAUUAUGAUACAAGUCCUUUUCAUCAUCAUAUUAUCUAAAUUUAAUAGCUUGAACUAAGUUCCAAAACCAUGCUAAUAUUUCAAUUUAGAAGUCCUAAAAUUGUGAAUAGAAUGAAAAUGGAAGAGUAGUGCAAACUAUUAUCUAAUUUUGAAUGAAAGUAAUUUUAACAUAAAGUCUGUUAUUUAAAUUUAAAUUUGAGGCAAAUGAAGUCCCAUUUGUAGCAGUUAUUCUAGGUAGUUACAUUUCUUUACUGAUGAUAAUAAUUCAUUGUACAAAAUAAUAAUAUAAUUAGAUAUAAAUUUAAAUUAAAUAAAUAAUAUAAAUAUGAAAACUCAGAUAACAGUAGUUAUUUAAUGCAGUGUUUUAUAUUUAUAAUAUUAUUUUCUUUUCCAGUUUAUAUCAUAUUAAAAUAUAUUCCUGCAUUAUUUGUCCUAUUUCAAAAUUCUUGGUCAUUGCAACACAUUUUAUGUAUGCUAAGUCAUAGUAUAUUCAUUUUUCUUAUUUCGAAUCUAUCCAUUCCUUGUGUUGUUUCACUACUUUAUACCAUGAGUUAUGUUUUUCUUUAUGUAGGCUUCUCGUAACUUUCUGACAAGCUUUCUAAGAAAUAAAAUUAUAUUGCUCAUUAGAAUGUAUUUGUAUAAAUCUGGUUUAGGAGAAAAGACUAGAUUAGAAUAGUUCCUUUUAGUCAAAUUCGUUUUACUCUCCCUGACUCAUAGAUUUGAUCGAAGGACCUAUCUUUCAUUCGUGGAAAUAAUUAUCUGCCUUAACUGUAGGUUCAAUUGUAUAUGAAAGUACGAGGCUAGUGAGAGUCUUGUACAGCCUUACUUGAAUAAUGCCUUUGUUUUUUGUAUUAAAUGUCUGUUUAGCCAAAAAUAAAAUAAAUGCAAUUGUUUCUGUUCUCUUUUUUAUUUCAUUAGGUGUCAUAAAAGUUUUUUUCUUUUGUAAUAGUAGGAUUAAUUUAAUCACAUUCUUCAGAGUGUUACAAAAGGUGAAUUGAAUAUAUAGUUAUGUUUGUGCUCUAUUUCUUUAACCAUUUUCUCUUAAGUAAUAUAUUCAUAGAAUGAAUAGCAAUAUUUUGUUCAUUGUAGUAUUGAUUCUAAAUAACUCAUUAUCUGUGAUAAACUUCCCUGAUAAAGACCCCCCUGCUUUAUAUAUUGAAGCAGAAGAUUUUUUAUUUUAGUUAUAGCAAUUCAAUUUUAUUCGUUGGUGUAUUUAUAGCAUAAUUCUUGACCACCCUAUUCCAUCUUGAAAAGACUAUAAUGUUGAAUAAUCUGCUCUAUUUUUAGUCUAGUGUGCAUUAAACUAAAUUUCUUUUAUUUUUGAACAAUUAAAUAUUUUUACUCAUAAAUCCCAUAGUUGGUUUUAAUAUACACAUUCAUUUCGUAGUUAACAAUUUAGUGUUAAUUGUUGCUAAUGUUCUCUAAAUAUGCCUAAUUUAAUACAGUAAGCAAUAAUUUUGAAAUUGAAAGAAGCAAAAGGUUGGUCAUCUUCUGUUAUUUCUAUUAGUAUUCAAACUGGCCAAACAGUUUAUGUAGAUUUUUUUAAAUUACUGAUCAAUAAUCAUUGAUCUCUACUUAAUGUAACAUAAUUCUUUAUUCUGUCAAUUUCUUAUGGCAGUAGCAUUACUUAUAAUCAGUUGAAGGGAAAACUUCCAAGAAAUUUAAUAAAAAUAAAUAAAAGUUAUUUAUAGCAUGGUUUAAAAUAGAGAAGUUAAUUUAAUAAGGUUGAUGAAGAACAAAAUAAAUAAAAGUGAAUUCAAGGUGGCUGACACGUAGACUAUUAUUUAACUUAUAAACUAUUAUUAUUCAUAUAGAGCUCACGAUUCUAGCUUAUCAAAGUGGUAUACCAAUCACAUCUUUUGAUUUCUGGAUGAGUUAACAUGAAGAACAUAUUAUAGAAGCUGUAUAAAAUUUAUUUAGCCCAAAAUAUAAUUUAGACACAUUAUUCUGCCGAUCCCUUCAAUUAUCUAUUUAAAAAAAAACUUGAAUAUUAAACGGUGAUAAAAAUAUUUAUAAUUUAUUUAUCUAUUAGUUUAUAAAUGAUCUCAUUGAAAUUUACAACUGUAUUAAAUGAUAAAUACUACAAGUAAUUAUAAAAAUUAAACUAAUUAAAGUGUUUUAAAAAAUUAAAAAAGUUAAACUCUUAAUUUUUUGUAUGUUAUCAAUCUUUUAAAUAAUGAGUACAUCAUAUACAAUUCUACUUUUUAAAGGACUUGUACCAUAGUUGACACAAUCCAUCAGUUUUGUCUUCCAUCAAAUUCUGUUCAUUACAUUUUUUUCUUGCCGAUACUAUUAGAAAUUACGUUUAUACUUCUUAUGUAUUUAUUUAUGAUUAUGUUUUAUGUAACUGAUGGAUAUUUGUUGUUUAUUAAAUAAUAUUUAUUGUUUUAAUUUAUCAUACUUGCUUGUAUUAAGUGAUUUUAUUUUAAGGUCAGUCAAGAAAUCAAUUGUAAAAGUUGCCUAGUCAUUCCAUUACUUUUCGAAUCAGCAGUUUUAUUAAUUGCUUUUGUGAUUAUUUUUGUAAGGUGUGUGUUUUGAAUAUACUAAACACUAUCGAAAGCUGCAGGUGCAUUUCCAACUCUUGCUUUAUCUCUGCCUUUCACUUGAUAUAUCUCAGUUAUGUAAUAUUUGAUUGUGUAUAUCAGUAGUUUUACACUUAAUGCUAAUUUUGAUGAUGUAGCGAGUUUGAUACUAAUCUCUAUAAAAAUAUAUAUAUUAAUCCUGUGAUUUAAAGAAAUAUAAAUGACUAAAUUUUGAAAUAUUCAUGAUACAAAUCUCAUAUUUAUUAUGUAAAAUCAUUGUAAGUAUGGUAAUUUACGUGAAUGAAUAUGUAUCUUCUAUCACAUUUUAUCGAGUUGUGUUUAGUGUAUACUAUCGUAUUUUCUGUGAUACAUGAGUAUAUAUUAAUAUAUCACAUUUUUAUUUUUAUCUUAUAGACUUACCUUAGUAUACACAGUUUUUAAUUGAGCACAAUCACACAAAUAAAUAUAAUUUAUGAGUGUGUUUGUUUAUUAUAUACUUACUUAGUAUAGCAACAAAGUAGUUUAUUAUUUAUUACACAUUCCGUUAAAGUUAAAAUUCAUUUUAUUUAGCUCCAGAGCAAUUAUUGUUUAGUUUCUUAUGCAUGUUGUGAUAAGAUAAGUAUAAACUUUUGGUGUCGUUUAUGCCUUUACUUCAAUUUUAAAUUAAAUAUUUGAUCUAUUUACGUUAGACAUCAUUGUGUAAUUGAGGUUAAUACACCUAAAUAAUUAUUGUAAAUCUUUUUCAGAAGACAUGUUCUUUUUAAUAUAUAUUUAUAUUUUAAUAAUCUUAAGCCAAAGACAAUUAUUAUGUAUUAGCAUUUUUAGUAUUUAUACUUUUAUCAAUUUCAUUUUAUUAUGAAUGAUGUUAUUAAACUGUCCAAAGAGCACUUUUCAAGGGCUUUAUGUAUUCAGUUUGUAAUCAAAUGAAUUUCGUAUUAUUUAUUUAUAUAUUUUUAAACUAUUUAAAAUUACAUGUUUUUGAAAUAAAAAUCAAAUGACUGAAGUUCAUAUUUUCUCUAGUUACCUACUUUAUUACAUAAAUGUAAUUAAAGACUAUAUAUAAUUGAAUAUUGCUUGCUUCUGAUACACUAUUACAACAUAAUUUUAUUGAUUUCCUUUAGGUUAUUAAAAAAGUUUCAUAUAGUGUAUUUAUAAACAUUAUAGAAUAAUGUAAUUUACUAUCUUUCACUAUUAAUCAUUUCCUGUGUAUUGUUGACUGUUGGUGUGCCAAUUUUUAUAAUUUGCUGUAAAUUGUAAUUAAAAAUUAUUUAAAAAACGACAAAAAAAUCACCAAAAAUAUUGGAAUCCUUUUAAUUUUAUUGCAAAAUUACUCACUACAGAUGUAAUUCAUGUACUUAACCACAUAUAUGUAUAUAUACUAUAUCAUUUGCCUUCUUUAUAAGCUACUAUUUAAGAAUUUAUAAGUCAUGUAUAAAUUAUUUAUUUGUGUAAAUACAACCUUUAUUGAAAUUAUUUCCAUUUAUUUAUUUUUUCUUUCUAUUACUAAAUGGAAUUAAUUAAUUACUAAUUCUAUUAAAACUAAACACAACCAGAUUUUAUUCCCUUUCAUCAUUAAGUUGAAUAAGCAAAUAAACAACAUUGAAAUGAUCAUUAU